AAUAAUAUUUAGAAGUAUUAUAAAACAUAAUUCUAUUAUAUCAAUCGCAAAAUCUUAUGAUCUAUGAUUUAUAUAUUAUACUAAUUACGAAUACUUUUGAAAUUUCGUACGCAUGAAAAUGGCUGAACAAGAUGGCGUAAUGAUCGUAGACUGCUUUACACCUUAUAUGAUGAUCAAUCUUGGCUAUAUUAUUCUGUGUCAUAUUGUUGACAUUCAAGGAUAUAGUUAAAGGAUUAUUGGUUGGGAAAAGAAAUGUUAUACAUUGUACAUAGGAAUGAAUAUACUGUAGAAAGAGAAAUAACAAUUGUUUUUGUUAAAUUAUAUAUAAUUUUAAAAAACUUAUUGUAAAUUAUUGCAUGUGAUGACUUUAGGCAAAUUGAUUAUAAAUGGAUGAUCUUGUAAAAUUUAACAUUAAAGAGGUUAAGUGUGAUUUGUUACCGGCUAUAAAUGAAUGCACUCAACGUGGUUUACUACAUACAACUAAAUGGCUGGCAGAAUUGAAUUAUUCAUUAAAAGAUGUCAAAGUAGAUUUACACGAUGUUACUACAGACGUUAGUGUGAUAGAAUCCAGUGAAGAAGAUGACACCUAUAUCUUAGCUAAAACUUAUUUUGAUUUAAAAGAAUACGAUAGAGCAGCAUAUUUUACUGAAAAAUGUACAACUCCAAAAGCAAGGUUUUUGUAUUUGUAUUCUCGCUACUUGUCAGGAGAGAAAAAGAAAAUAGAUGACAUGACGGAUAUACCACCAGACCCUAUGAAAAAUGAUUGUUUAAAAUUACUCUGUGCUGAUUUAAGGAAAGAUCAUUUGGCUGGUAAAUUAGAUGGCUUUUGUUUAUAUUUAUUUGGAGUUACUUUGAAAAAACUUCAGCUUAACAAAGAGGCAACCGAAGUUUUGAUUGAAUCCACUCACAAGCAGCCAAUGCACUGGGGUACUUGGUUAGAGUUAGCUGCAUUAAUCACUGAUAGAGAGAAGUUGGAAAGUUUAAGUCUUCCAAAUCAUUGGAUUAAACAUUUCUUUAUGGCACACAUGUAUUUGGAGUUGCAACUUAUUGACGAGGGCUUAGCUAUGUAUUGCGAAUUACAGUCUAUGGGUUUUGAAAAAAAUUCAUAUGUACUUGCUCAAACUGCGAUUGCUGUUCACUAUAGGAGAGAUGUUGACAAUGCUAUAAAAACAUUCAAGCACAUAAUUAAAGAGGAUCCGUAUUGUCUUGACAAUAUGGAUACAUAUUCAAAUUUACUUUACGUUAAAGAAAUGAAAGUAGAAUUAGCAUAUUUAGCGCAUAGAGCAACGGAAAUAGAUAAAUAUCGAUUGGAAACAUGUUGUAUAGUAGGAAAUUAUUAUAGUUUAAGAGCAGAUCAUCAGAAAGCAGUGAUGUAUUUCCACAGAGCAUUGAAACUUAACCCACAGUAUUUAUCCGCUUGGACGUUACUUGGUCAUGAGUUUAUGGAAAUGAAAAAUACUAAUGGUGCAAUUCAUAGUUAUCGUCAAGCCAUUGAAGUUAAUAGAAGGGAUUAUAGAGCAUGGUAUGGCUUGGGUCAAACUUAUGAAAUUUUAAAGAUGCCUUCUUACGGGUUGUACUAUUACAAACAGGCACAACUUUUGAGACCUCACGAUAGUCGUAUGGUUCUUGCAUUGGGCGAGGCAUACGAAAAACAAGAUAAAAUUCAAGAUGCACUCAAGUGUUAUUUUAAAGCAUGCAACGUAGGGGAUAUCGAAGGAGUAGCUUUAAUAAAAUUAGCUAAUCUCUAUGAAAAGUUGGGCGAACAUGAUCAUGCAGCUGCAGCCUAUACAGAUUUUGUAAUGGAUGAAUUUAGAAAUGCCGAUAGAACCGAAUUGAGUCAUGCUUACAAGUAUCUUACGCAGUAUCAUUUAAAACGAGAACAAUUAGAUAGAGCAAACCAUUACGCUCAAAAAUGUCUUCAAUUUGAUGAAACCAAAGAGGAAGCUAAAGGACUUUUAAGGACUAUUGCACAGAAAAGAGCAAAAGUUGAAGAGAAUUCAAUGGUGGUAGAAGAUAUGAAUGAAACUGAUCCAGUUAUAGAGCAAAGCGCAAGGACGGAUGCUGCACCAGGAAAUCAAUUGUCACCCAUGAAUUUAUCCUUCACCCCUACACCAUAGUAAAAAAGAAAAGCAUGGACACACGCAAGCAUGCAUCGCACGCGAGCCAGUAUGCGGUAAGCACACAGCAUGGGAGGCAACCAGGUUGCAUGCACGCACGCAUGCACGCACGCACGUAUCUACGCGCGUAUAUACGCAAGACUUUUGCUUUAAUAUAUUCGAUCUUCUUUACAAUAACUCGGACUUAUUGACGUCAAAUAUAUUUGUAUAAAUGAAUAAACGAAUACAAGGAAUAACGAAAACGA